AUGUUGCGAAGUAUUUAUUCUUGUGCAAGGAUAUCUCAUCACUGUAAAUAUCUUCUUGUUAACGUUUUGGAUAGUGUUAAUUCGUUCCGCGUCAGCACAAGUCAGAUGGGUAUUCAGGGCUUAUCGAAGCUUAUCGGAGAUUAUGCUCCUUCUGCUGUGAAGGAGAAUGAAAUCAAAAACUACUUUGGUCGCAAAGUAGCCAUUGAUGCAUCAAUGAGCAUUUACCAGUUCCUUAUUGCUGUAAGACAAGAUGGGGCAGCAUUGACAAAUGAUGAAGGGGAGACAACUAGUCAUCUGAUGGGAAUGUUUUAUCGCACCAUUCGUAUGGUGGAGAAUGGCAUCAAGCCGGUCUAUGUGUUUGAUGGGAAACCGCCAGAGAUGAAAUCAGGGGAGCUUGCCAAGAGACAAGAGCGACGAGCUGAGGCUCAGAAAGGCUUGGAGAAGGCCGAGGAAGCUGGUGACACAGAGAAUAUUGACAAAUUUAACCGUAGGCUCGUCAAGGUAACGAAACAACACAAUGAAGAGUGUAGACAGCUGUUGAAGUUGAUGGGAAUCCCAUAUGUAGAGGCUCCCUGCGAAGCAGAGGCCCAGUGUGCAGCCCUGGUGAAGGCGGGGAAGGUGUAUGCCGUGGGGACAGAGGAUAUGGAUGCCCUCACCUUCGGCUCCACCGUCCUCCUCAGACACCUCACCUUCAGUGAAGCCAGGAAAAUGCCAAUAAAGGAAUUCCACUUGGAGCGUGUACUGCAGGAUCUGGAACUCUCCCGAGAUGAGUUUAUAGAUCUGUGUAUACUGCUGGGUUGUGACUAUUGCGACUCUAUUCGUGGGAUCGGGCCUAAACGGGCCAUUGAUCUUAUCCGCCAGUACAAAACUAUUGAUGAGGUCAUUAAGCAUCUUGACAAAAAGAAAUACACCAUUCCAGAGGACUGGAUGUAUGAGGAGGCCAGGCGUCUUUUCCAAGAGCCAGAGGUCAUGAAAGCAGAAGCACUAGAGCUCAAGUGGACUGAUCCAGAUGAGGCAGCACUGGUGGAGUUCAUGUGUAAUCAGAAGGGGUUUAACGAGGAUAGAAUUAAGAACGGAUGUAAGAAAUUGACCAAGGCCAGACAUGGUUCCACGCAGGGUAGACUGGACGGCUUCUUUAAAGUGUUAUCUCCUUCACCAAGCAACAAGAGAAAGUUGGCUGAUACCAAAGGCCCUGCCAAGAAAAAGGGGAAGACGUCUUUCAAAAGGCCGAAGUAAAUGUCUUUGUGAACCUUUUUAUCAGUUGAUUUAUGACUACAUAGACUAAAUAUCUACGAAUUUGUGUACAACUGUCUGUAAUUGUAUAACAUCUACAGAUUUGUGUACAACUGUCUGUAAUUGUAUAACAUCAAUGGAUUUGUGUUCAACUGUCUGUACUUGUACAACAUCUACGGAUUUGUAUACAACUGUCUGUACUUGUACAACAUCUACGGAUUUGUAUACAACUGUGUAAUUGUGUAACAUCUACAGAUUUGUAUACAACUGUCUGUACUUGUAUAACAUCUACGGAUUUGUAUACAACUGUCUGUACUUGUAUAAUAAAUUACGGAAAAAUUCUUCUAAGUAGUCAUGGUAAUAGGCUGUCCUAAUCAACGAACGGAAAGGCUGAUUUUUGAGAAGGGAACAAAUUUAGAUACUGUACUGUUGCCAUCGUGGAUAAAGUUCCUUAGAUGUUUUUAAAAUUGCCAUAAGCAGUAGUUUGCUACUCAUGUUACAUUUGUAAAUACAUGCAUCAUUUCUGUGAAUUUUGAACACUGUUGUCUUGCUGGAUAUGAAGUUUGAACAAAAUGUUGUUACUGAUACUGGUGAAAAAAAAAAGUACACUGAACAAAAGAUACUUCUUAACAAUUGAUUUGCCAAUAUCAACAUUGGUGUAAAUAAAUGUUAAAUGUAGAUCUAGUUUUUUUCCAUUUUUCAUGUUGUUUUUCAAGAUGGUUUUGAAUGAUCGUGUUAAAGGAAAAGACGAUAAUUGCAUUUUCAUUGUAUUCCUGUAUCGAAAAUGUUGGAAUUGUAGUUUAGUAUUCUACAUAAAAGUAUUCAAAAUAA